AUGUCACUUGUUCGACAAUCUUAUAGAACAAAACCACCAUUUGGUGAAUUAAAUGAUCCACCAUUACCAUCAGAUUGCGAAGUUUUAUGUGAAGAAGAAUUUGUACAAAGACCACGUAUGAAAUCAUUGAAAAGACAAAAAAAACAUGAAGAAGAAUCAUUCAAUCAAAUAGAUGUGAAACGUCCUUUAAAAGCAGCGAGUAGCAAAGAAUUAGCUUAUGCUGAUCGCGUUGAACGUUUAAUAAUAGAGGCAUCUCUUAAGAAACAACGAGAACGGCGACGACGAUCAUCUGCUUUAAGUCAUAGUAAUUCUCAUCAUCUGGAUAAAUUAUUAGAGGGUGAGAAUUCUGAUUGGUUUUUUGAAAAAAUCUUAGAAAAAUUUCAAAGUGUUCGUUCAAAACAAACUAAUGAACUUGAACGAUCACGAUCAAAUAAUUCUAAUAAUGGUUCUAUUUAUGGUGUUGAACGUAUUGUUGAACGACGUUAUUACGUUAAGAAACAAUCAUCGCUACCAAAACGGGAUCAAUUAACAUCAACGGGUGAUUUAACACAACUAACUGGAAAGAACAAGAGAUUAUUAUCAGGUGAAUCAUCUAUAACAGCGGCAACAUCAUGUUCUCGAUGUUCAUCAUCAACACCAACAUUUGUUGAAACUCUUCGUGAUCAAUCUGAUACACUUCGACACGAUAUUAGUGAAUUAAGAUGUGAAAUCGAACAACUUCAAUCAUCACAGCAGGAAUUUAUUGAACAACUUCAAUCACAACUUAAAUUAAAAACAGAUUCUCAACCAGCAUCACAAAAAUUUGGAAACAAUGCAACAAUUGGUAAUAGACCAGUAAUUGCAAUCAGUGGUCAGCGAUCUCGUUCGAUUUCAACUGAAUCUCAAGCAUCAAGUGCAUCAGCAAAAACAACAUCAUCAGCAGCAACAACAACUAAUAGAACAGUUACACCAGUACCAAAAGUUAUUGCACUACCCGCUAAAACUCUAUCAACCACAGCUUCACCAAUUAUUUCUGAAUUUGUCGCAAAUAAAAACCCAUUAAAUUUACCAACACCACAAGCUACUCCAAAGUUUGGUUAUAAACCUCCUCCUUUAAUACCACAAGCACCACCCUUUAAUCCUACUUCUACUACCAAGCCCCCUUCUAUACCACAAGCGCCACCAUUUAAUCCUACUUUUACUUCUAAACCUCCUUCCAUACCAUCUUCAACACCAGUUAACCCAUCUCUUGGCUCUAAACCUCCUUCCAUACAAUCGUCAACACCAGUUAACCCAUCUCUUGGCUCUAAACCUCCUUCAGUAGCAGCAACACCAGCAGUCAAUCAACCUCUUGGUUCCAAGCCUCCUUCAGUAUCAUCAACGCCAUCAGUAAAUCCAUAUGCUGGAGCUAAACUUUCGUCAAUGCCAUCAUUAUCACCAGUUAAUGAAUCCAUUUCAUCAGCGAGAGGAUUUGUUAAACCAUUACCAACUGGAUUCGUUAGUUCGCGAAAUUCAUCUGCUGCACCUACUCCACCAAGAGCUCCCUCACCACCACGCAUGCCAAUAUACGAAAAUGAAUUAGCACAUCGACGUACACUUUCACCUCGUUCUCAAAUUGUUGCAUCAUCAGGAUCGGUUCGCGGCUCAUCUGCUUCUUCAACAAAAUCUCAUAGUCCUACACCUACUCAAUCAGAUUUUGACGAUAUUCCUAAAGUUGUUACUUCACCAUUACAUGAUAGUGAUCUUAACGAUUUAGUUCAAUAUAGUUCACAUUUAUCACUAUCUGGUUUUCCACCAUCGACAACACCUGUUAUAACUAAUCCAAAUAGUAGCAGUACAUUUUGGGAUUCAGUUGAUCAUUAUAUUGAAAGCUCUAGACCAACAAGUUUACUUAUAGGAUUACCAUUCACACCUGGAUCUUAUUAUGAAAAUUCAACCGGAUUAAAUCAAGAUACAACUAAACAAUUAGAUAAAUAUAAUCUUGAAAUAAAACCACAAGGAGCUUUUACACCAAGCGCACCAUUUAUUAUGCCACCUUCAGAUAUUUCGCCAUAA